CCGCGGCGGCAGCGGCCGGGGCGGGAGCAGGGCGCGCUCUGGAGACGAGUCAGCGGCGCCCCGGGUGGGGGGAGGCGGGCGGGCAGCUAGAGAUCACCUCAGCAGCCCCCACCACGGCCGGACCGAAGGUGCGGCGGCAGAGGGGAGCCAGGGCGCCCCAGCAGGUUUCCAGUAAUUAUCUACAGGAAUCGCCAUGACCCCAGCUCUGAGGGAGGCAACAGCAAAGGGUAUCUGCUUUUCAUCUUUGCCAAGUACCAUGGAGUCUGACAAGAUGCUAUGCAUGGAAAGUCCAAGAACUGUAGAUGAAAAGCUAAAGGGAGAUGCUUUCUCUCAGAUGCUGGGAUUUCCGACUCCCGAGCCUACUCUUAAUACUAAUUUUGUGAAUUUAAAACAUUUUGGCUCUCCUCAGUCUUCAAAACAUUAUCAGACAGUUCUUUUAAUGAGUUCUAAUUCUACAUUAAAUAAAUACAAUGAUAAUUAUAAACAAAAAAAAUUGGGGGAGCCCAACUGCAAUAAACUGAAAAACAUACUGUGUAAUGGCAGCAACCUUCAGCUCAGUAAAAUCUGUCAUUCUCAUUCUGAAGAGGUCAUCAAAAAGGAACCUUUAUCAGAUACCACAAGCCAGUGCAUGAAAGAUGUACAAAUUAUUUUGGAUUCAAAUGUAACCAAAGACACUAAUAUAGAUAAAGUACAACUGCAAAACUGUAAAUGGUACCAAAAGAAUGCACUUUUGGAUAAAGUUACUGAUGCUGAGAUUGAAAAGAGUUUAUUGCACUGUGCUCAAAAGAAAAUUGGACCUGGACACUCAAAUGUGCCUAUUAGUUCUUCAGCUGCUGAAAAAGAGGAGGAAGUGAAUGCUCGUUUACUUCAUUGUGUAAGCAAACAGAAAAGUUUACUUAGCCAGGCUAGAAGAACUCAGAAACACUUGCAGAUGCUCCUGGCAAAGCAUGUUGUUAAGCACUAUGGUCAGCAAAUGAAAUUUUCUAUGAAACAUCAACUCCCCAAAAUGAAGAUCUUUCAUGAACCUACCACAAUUUUGGGUAACAGUUUACCUAAAUGCACUGAAAUUAAACCAGAAGUCAACAUAUUGACUACAGAGAAUAAAUUAUGGGAUGAUAUAAAAAAUGGCUUUGCACAGUGUACAGCUGCAGAAAUCCAAAGAUUUGCACUGUCUGCUACAGGGCUGUUGUCUCAUGUUGAAGAGGGUCUGGAUUCUGAUGCAACUGAUACCAGCUCUGAUGAUGAUUUGGAUGAAUAUACCAUUAGAAAAAAUGUGGCAGUUAACCGUAGUACUGAAUGGAAGUGGCUUGUAGACAGAGCAAGAGUUGGCAGCCGAUGGACUUGGCUUCAAGCCCAGAUUUCAGAGCUCGAAUACAAAAUCCAACAACUAACAGAUAUUCACAGGCAGAUUCGUGCCUCCAAGGGGAUAGUGAUCCUAGAAGAAUGUCAACUUCCAAAAGACAUCUUGAAAAAACAAAUACAAUUUGCAGACCAAGCAGCUUCGUUAAACACUACAGGGAAUCCUCAGGUUCCCCAAGAGUGUCAAGAUCCUUUACCAGAACAAGAUUUUGAAAUGUCACCAAGCAGCCCUACUUUACUUCUUCGAAACAUAGAAAAACAGAGUGCACAGUUGACUGAGAUCAUCAACAGUUUGAUUGCCCCUCUCAACUUGUCCCCAACUUCAUCACCCCUCUCCUCCAAAUCCUGUAGCCAAAAAUGUCUGGCUAAUGGCAUUUCCAGGAGUUCCUUGCAGACUUUGCCUUCAAAAGAAACAUUUUUAAAUACUACACAAAUGCCUUGCCUACAAUCAGCUUCAACUUGGGGUAACUUUGAACACAAUUCAGAGUCUCAGCUAUUAAGAGAACGUGUAUCAGAGUUAGAUUCCUCUUUCCAUUCUGUUCUAUCAUUGCCAUCAGGUAAGCCUCCUCAUAAAGCCUACAGUAAAAAUGUUGAAGGACAGGACUUGCUUUUCAAAGACUAUCCUAAUUACUUGAGUAGCAGUCAGCAAUGUGCUGCUGAAAGUCCUCCUGAGCCUCUUUCUGAUUGCCAUGACCUGUGUGCACGUGGUUCACCUUCUUUAAAUCCAAGUCAAGAAAUCAAAUCUUUAUGGUGGGAACGACGGGCUUUUCCACUGAAGGAUGAAGACGCAACAGCCUUAUUAUGCCAAGAUGAAAAAAAGGAUCAGAUUGAAAGGUCAAGCACAGUUUUCCAUGGUGAAAUCUUCUGUACCAGUGCACCAGAGAAUGGCCACCACCCAAAAAAGCAGUCAGAUGGAAUGCAAGACUGGAGGAUGGUUGUUCUUCAGCCAUUGGAUGAACAUAAUUUGGGUGAAGAAGAGGUGGAUGAAAUCUGAUUCUUGCUGUCAAGGAGUCCCAUACAUAGCACUUCUGUGAAUCAAUGGAGAAAUGGAUAUUCACCUACAUGUAAACCUCAAAUAAGGUCAGAAUCUUCUACACAACUGUUACACGGAAGAAAGAAAAGACAUUUGAGUGAAACAGCAUUAGGAGAAAGAACUAGAUUUGAAGAAUUUGCUUUUCAACACACAGGACCAGGAUCCCAUAGCAACUUUACUGCUGUUUCUAAUGUCAACGUUUUAUCAAGAACCCAGAAUUCAUCAUCACAGAAUACUACACGACGGAGAUUGAGAAGUGAGAGCUCUUAUGACAUAGAUAACAUUGUGAUUCCCAUGUCAUUAGUAGCACCAGCUAAGUUAGAGAAACUCCAAUAUAAGGAAAUACUUACUCCAAGCUAA